CAAUUGUUGUCCAACACUGCUGAAAAGUCACUAGUUGAUGCUAUUGAAGCGCGAAGGCAUGGUGACACACUCUAUUUCUGGGCUCGUAUGGAUGUGGACCCAAGGAACCCGCUUAGACAAGAUUUCUGGUCAUUUUGUGAUGCUCUUAACGCUGGAAAUUGCCAGUUUGCUUUCUCUGAGGCGCUAAAAAAGAUGUACGGCUUAAAACAGAAUUUGAGCUCUCUUCCUCCCAUGCCUAUGGAUGGAGACACAUGGUCUGUCAUGCACUCCUGGGCCUUGCCUACCAAGUCUUUCCUAGAGUUUGUUAUGUUUUCAAGGAUGUUUGUUGAUGCACUCGACUCACAAUUUUACGAAGAUCACCAUCGAAGUGGCCGAUGUUAUCUGAGUUUGACCAAGGACAAACAUUGUUAUUCUAGAGUCCUUGAGAUGCUUGUAAAUGUUUGGGCAUACCAUAGUGCAAGAAGAAUGAUGUACGUGGAUCCACAGACGGGCUUAAUGCAAGAACAACAUAGACUAAAAAGCCGUAAAGGCAAAAUGUGGGUGAAAUGGUUUCAACUUAACACUCUUAAGAGCAUGGACGAGGAGCUGGCUGAGGAGAUGGAUACCGACCACCCAAAAAGAAGGUGGUUGUGGCCGUCAACUGGUGAAGUGUUUUGGCUAGGUAUCUAUGAGAAAGAGAGAAAUUUGAGAAACAAAGAGAAGGAGAAAAGGAGGCAACAAAGUAAGGAUAAAAUCUUGAGGAUUAAGAAACGAACUCAUCAAAAAGCAUUAGGAAAAUAUGUCAAGCCUCCACCUGAGGAGUUGGAACAUCCGAACACAACGACGACAACAGCAACAGUUAUGAGGUAGCACUAGCCUACAGUAGUCUGUCCAAAGUUAAGUAGUCUAAUUUGGUUAAUAUUAUUUUUUCAAUAUCCCCACCAUUUUUUCAUUUUUGUUCAGAGGGAUGCUAUAGGUUUAUGUUGUGUAUGAGAGGAUAUUGAGCAUAGAUGCAUCCUUCUGAUAUUGUUGCCAAGCAUGUGCAUGUAUGUUAGUGUUUCUUUUCUCCAUUUUUUCUUUUUUCUUUUGAAAAUUCUCUUAUUCUUUUUUUCCAUCACUAAUUUUCUCUCCAAGAUUCUCUCUUUAUUUAUUCAUAUAGGAGACACAGAGGGAUGGAUUUGUAAGCUAACAGUUACACGCUGAGCUUCAGCGAUUGUAUGUGUUGUAACUUAAGAAAAUUUUCUAUACCUUUGUGCUAA